AUGCAGCGGGCCAACAGCUAUAUCUCCCUAGUGGCGACGCCGUUUAUUCUUGUGGGAAACAUUCUGGUGUUUAUCUCUGUCUUCGGCAAAAAGAGGCAGAUGCGCACGUUUACGAGCAUUCUCCUGGCAAACCUCGCAGCUGCCGAUUUCUGCUUCGGACUUGUGGAGUCCCUCAAGGCUCUGACCUUUCAAAUAACAACCCGCAACUUCAAGUCCGGAUUCUUCUGCAGGGUUACUGGGUAUAUCACGUUCAUCACGCUUGUCGUGUCUAUCGGGACGUUAACCGUGAUCGCACACGCGAGACACUCUGCUGUUAUUUCCCCUUUGCGCUUUAGGCGACACCGUAGUCGGUGCAACAUUGUUUUCAUAGUCGUCUCGACUUGGCUGACAGCGUUGGUCUUCACGUGUCCUAUAGUACUUCUAUCCCGCACAACAACAGGCAUUGGAAAGCGAAACUGCGCGGUCUCUCCUGUAAGUCUGCAAUACGGUAUAUACCAUGUGUGUAUUGGGUUAUUGGGGAUCCUAGUGCCCUGCUCCGUUACAGGAUAUUGCUAUAUCAAAGUAAUUCAUAAGCUCUGGUAUCCACAAAGUAUAAUCCGUGCAUCAGGACACACUGUUUAUCGGUCUCGUAAGAGGUUAAUCAAGCUGCUAAUUCUGAUGACAACACUGUUUUUCACUUGCUGGAUGGCUCUGUGCGUCCAACAAGUGCUCUUUAUUGUUGAUAUGUAUAGUGAUUCUCUAGAGAUCACGUGCUUUUUCCUGCUUCACGUGAACGCUUGCUGUAACCCUGUGGUGUACUCGCUACAUAAUCCAAAGCUCAGGAAAUGCAUGAACCGACUUGUGCAUCAUAAACGUGUUCGCACGAGCCCUCCGCGUGCUGUACACGUGCUCGCAAUGACGUAG